ACCUGGCAUCAUUCGUAAGGUUAGGUCUAAAAUUGAGUUUGGCGUUUCCACCGAACUACCGUUCGACUCACCUCUGUUUCAACCUUGUUUCAAAUCAACUCUUAUUGCGGUGGAAACUAAGCCUAUAUAAAGAAGAACAAGAAGAAGAUUAUCGAUCACGCCUUCUAUUUGAACCGGAGCACAUUUACAACGCGCGGCAGUGAGCACUAGCACGUGUACUUUCAAAUAGAAGAAUUUUUUACAAUAAUGGUAAAGAAAGUGUUAAAAAGGAAGAGGAAAGUUGAAAAGGAGAAUGAAACUAAGGCUGAGGAACAAGAAUUACCACCUGCCAAAAGAGCAUCAGAUGAACCAGCACCUAAGAAAAUAAAAUGGAUAAACAAACAACGUGUGCUAGUUUUUGCAUCUCGUGGUAUUAACCACAGGGAUCGACAUCUGAUGGAAGAUAUUAAGACUCUUAUGCCUCAUCAUCGCCCUGAGAGUAAAAUGGAGCGUUCUAAAACUCUUCAGGUUGUAAAUGAAAUGUGUGAAAUGAAAAAUUGCAACAAAGCUUUAUUAUUUGAAGGUCGUAAGAAGAAAGACUUAUAUAUGUGGCUUUCUAAUGUUCCCACUGGACCCUGUGUAAAAUUUCUUGUUGAAAACAUUUACACCAUGGGGGAAUUAAAAAUGACUGGAAAUUGUUUGAAGGGUUCUCGUCCUCUACUUUCUUUUGAUGAUAAUUUCAGUACAUGCCCACAAUAUAGUCUGCUGAAAGAGUUGCUCACACAGAUAUUUGGAGUUCCAAAUCAUCAUCCCAAAAGUCAGCCAUUCUUUGAUCAUGUAUAUACAUUCAGUGUUCUUGAUAAUAGAAUAUGGUUCAGAAAUUUCCAAAUCCUUACUGAAGAUGGAGGAUUGGCAGAGAUUGGGCCGAGGUUUGUUUUAAAUCCUGUGAAAAUAUUUGCAAGUAGUUUCGGAGGGGAAACGCUCUGGGACAAUCCUAAUUACAUCUCACCUGCUAAGUAUCGGCAAUCAAUAAGUAAAAGAGCAGCGGGAAAAUAUCUUAAUAGGGUAGAACAAAAAUUAGCAUUGCAAGCCAAUAAGCCAGAAAAAUCAUAUGCACUAAAUCCUCUGGAUGAAAUAUUCAAAGAGGAUGUUACUACAUAAAGUAAAUGAUUCUACAUUUAAUUUAAAUCUGUAUUUUGUCACUAUACAUAUAUGUAAUACAGUGUAAUAUUAAAAAUUUAUUAAUAUAAAAUAUAGUUAAAUUCUAUUCAUUGUUAAA